ACUACCAAAGAUGCUAAGAGUUCCUGAUCUCCAGUAAUCUUAUAACUCAGACAGACAGAAGAUUGUAGAAAACAUUCAGAAGUACAAAACAAGAACUCAGCUUGGAAAUGUCUGCUUGUUUGGUGUAAACUAAUGAUUACUGAGCUCUACAUCCUGUGAUGUUAUGGCUACCUAACCAAAAGAAUGCGCUUGGUUUAGUAAAGGUAAGCCAAUGAUGAAUUAGCCAGUGAUAAAACCAGGAGCAAACUUUUCCUAGCUCUAGUUACAUCAUUACAACAGUCACUGGAAUUCUGGGAAACAGGAUGCCAGCCAAGACACCUAUGUAUCUAAAGACACCCACACCAAAGAAUGGCAAAAAAAUAAAACUGAGGGAUGUUCUCUCAAGUGAUAUGAUCAGCCCUCCUCUAGGAGACUUGCGUCACAGUGCCCACGUUGGACCAGAGGGGGAGAAUGACAUGUUCGGAGAUGUUAGCUUCCUCCAAGGCAAAGUGGACAUGUUACCUGUGUCAGCACACCCAUCAAACCUCUCUUCAAACAACAUGAACAGGCAUGCUGAUGACAUGUUUGAUAAAGGCCGACAGCACAGGUAUGACCCUCGUCAUAACUCAAAUCACAACUCCAUUCUUAAAAACACUAUCUCAAUGCCUGCCUUCAUUGCGCCUGAGCAGCCACCUCCCAAACCUCCUCGUCUACACUUAGAGGAAAGCUCUAAACAGCAAAAGAACCACCAUAAUCAGCAGCAACACUCCAUGCCUGUGUGCACAGAAGGGGUUGGACACUACAUGGAGCUCUACCAUGAUUUCACCCUCAUCCCCAUCUUGAGACACCUUGUGCCCUCUGCUGGCUCUUUCUCUGAAGGCUCCUCAGAUGAGUCUAUAUCUGAGAGCUGUGCUCCACCGGAUCCUAAGCGAGGCCUGAGCUUGGACUCUGAUGCUGGCCUGAGCAAUGAGGACCUGAGAAGUGAACACAGCGAAUCUUCCACAUUUUCCCCCACCAUGUCACGCUCAGAGUCUUUUGCUGGCCUCGACCUCGAUCUGGGACCAUCCAUUCUGGAGGACGUUUUAAGAAUAAUGGAUCGUUACAAGAGUGCAAAACAGGUGUGAGCUGUAAGCUAGCAAAGACUCUUUAAACAUUGUAUAGUGCAUGUCUUUGCUUGGGCUUGUGCUUCCCAUGCUCAGGGAAUAGUUAAGACUCCCUGGACACAAAAGUGACCGAUUGUGGCAAUAAGACUAAAACUGAUAACUGCAUCUCUUACUGUGUAAAUGUCCCUCUAAAAAGGAGAGGCAGAAUGGAAAACUGCUUUUAUGCAUUGUUUAUACUGUAAACUUACAAUAUUCAUUGGAAAUCUACUCACUGUUAAUGGGCUGUGCUUUUUUUUUGCCGUCUUACUUCAUAAUUUAAAAGUAUUUAAACAUGGGACAAAUACAGUGCAACAUUCAGAAAAUUAAUCACUGAUUUUUAACAAUAUCUAUGAUUUAAUCCAAUCUAUCUUGACGCCCAUAUCUUGGCAUGUGUUUGUUUUCCUAUGUUUGUUGGGAUCUAUCACAAACAUAGGUCGUUGUUCAUAUCUAUCAUAAUAUGAGAUAUUGGUUUAACAUGGUCAUGUAAAUAAAAUAUUUCAAAACCAA